AUGAAGAUGCACUACACCCUCAAGUUCAACCCUAGAGUCAUCCAAGAUUUAGAAGAUGAGGAUGACUUGGAUAAGGUGGUUUCCCACAGUGAUGACUUUUCAAAUGUAUACCUAAUAGACUUAUCUUGUGUGGAAGGCAUUGAAGCAAAUAUACCGAAUAGAGAAUUGGCAAUUGGAGGUCCACCUGUACCGUUUCCUUCCUCUAAUGCAUCAUGCGAUGCAAUUCCUAAUACUAUGAUGCUAUCAAGAGGUUUUGUGUCGCGUUGUGCAGAUAGUGAGUACACCCCUUUGGAAUCGAUUCAUUUUCGUGAGGCAAUAUUAGGAUCAGGACAUACAUUUAAAAAUGCAGAGGAGUUUCGCAACACAAUUUACCAGAUGUCAUUAGGUGGAAGGUUUGAAUACAAGUACAAGAAAAAUUCUCCUACGCAUAUGUCUGUAAAGUGUUCGGUUGAGGGUUGUCCUUGGAAGAUAACAGCUCACGCUGUCGAGGGAAAUGUCAUCUUGCGAGUUCAUACUUACCAAGUGAAUCAUAAUCAUAUAGCUCAGGAUGAGUGUUCAUCUAAGGUCAAGGUUUCUUCAAAGAGAGGCGCGGUUGUUGUUGAAGAUGUGUUUAGAACCACUCCAGACUAUCUUCCCCGUCAAAUUUGUAAGGAUUUUGAACGUGAUCAUGGAGUUCAAUUGACAUAUAACCAAGCAUGGCACCUUAAAGAGAAGGUAAAAGAGCGCAUAUAUGGAGCUCCACGUGAGUCCUACACGUUUGUCCCUUGGUUAUGCCAUAGGCUAAGGGAAAUCAACCCCAACACAAUUGCGGAGUACACUUCGGACGAAGGUCACUUCAUGCAAUUGUUCAUUGCCCAUGCAUUUUCAAUUCAAGUGUUCAUCAAGGGGUGUCGACCAGUAUUGGCUAUUGAUUCUUGCCAUCUAAGCGGACCAUACAAGGGAGCUCCUUUGUCGGCCAUUGCAUAUGAUGCAAAUGAUGGAAUGUUCCCUCUUGCCCUUGGUGUGGUCAGUUCAGAAAAUUAUGAGGAUUGGUAUUGGUUUUUGGAGAAAUUAAAGGGGGUCUUAGAUGGUAAAGAAGUUGUUAUUAUAUCUGAUAGACAUCAAGGAAUCUUGCGUAGUGUUUCCGAGUUGUUCGGGAUAGGAAAUCAUGCAUAUUGUUAUCGACAUGUUAAGGAAAACUUUUCUAGCUUCUUGAAUAAGCAAAACAUUAGAGGAAAGAAAGGGAAAGAAGAUGCUUUGUUACUUCUAGACAGCAUUGCAUACGCUAGGUUGGAGAUAGACUACAACGAGGCAUUUGAAAAACUUGUGCGCUUCAAUGACAACCUCGGUAAAUGGGUUACGGAUAACAAUCCGGAACAUUGGGCAAUGUCAAAGUUUCCAAAAAAAUGA